AUGGCUACAACAUUUGACUCAUCAUCGAUUAAUGACAAUGGUAAUCUCUCAAAUAAUACAAUUGGUAAAUUACCCGAAGAAAGUUCUGUACUUGUUGUUGGUGCAGGUGGUAUUGGAUGUGAAUUAUUAAAAUCAUUAGCUUUAUGUCGAUUUCGAUCAAUUGGUGUUAUUGAUCUUGAUACAAUUGAAGUAUCAAAUUUAAAUCGACAAUUUUUAUUUCGUCGUGAGCAUGUUGGUCAACCAAAAGCAACUGUUGCAUGUGAUAGUAUACGUCGUCUUUGUCCAUCUAUUCAUAUUGAACCAUAUCAUGGUGAUGUUAUAACUGAUUCACGAUUUGACAUAUCAUUUUAUAAACAAUAUGAUCUUGUUAUAAAUGCACUUGAUAAUGUUCAAGCACGACAACAUGUUAAUCGUAUGUGUUUAUUAUGUUCAAAACCUUUAAUUGAUAGUGGUUCAACUGGUUAUAAUGGACAAGCAACAUUAAUAUUUAAAGGUCGUACACAAUGUUAUGAUUGUAUUGAAAAACCAAAACAACAACGAACAUAUGCUGUAUGUACUAUACGUAAUACACCAUCACAACCAAUACAUUGUAUUGUAUGGGCUAAAUUUCUUUAUAAUCAAUUAUUUGGUGAUAAUGAAGAUCCAAAUAAUGAAGAUGUUACACCUGAUGCUGAUGAUCCAGAAAAUGUUAAUAAUGAACAAGAUAAUACAAUAAAUGGACAUCAUCGAGUAUCAACACGUGAUUGGAUACAUACUGAAAUGGAAGAAUUUGAUCCAAAACGUAUAUUUAAUAAAUUAUUUUUUGAUGAUAUUAAUUAUUUAACAACAAUGAAAAAUUUAUGGGAAAAACGACGUCAACCAAUACCAAUUCAAUAUGAACAAGCAUGUCAAAUUAAAGAAUGUAAUCAAAAUGGACAAGGUGAUCAUGAACAAUCAACAAUGCCGAAACUUAAUGAUCAACGUAUUCAAACAAUAAGUGAUUAUGUUCAAAUGUUUAUUGGUAGUUUAAAUGAACUUAAACAACGUUCUGAUAAACAACGACAUAUAGCUUUAACAGGUAAAGAACCAUCGUUUCUCGUUUGGGAUAAAAAUGAUGAUGCUGAUCUUCGAUUUGUGACAGCAUCAGCUAAUAUACGUGCAUAUAUAUUUGGUAUAAAUCUCACAAGUAAAUUUGAUGUGAAAUCAAUGGCUGGAAAUAUAAUACCAGCUGUAGCAACAACAAAUGCAAUUGUUGCUGGUAUAACUGUAUUACAAGCACGAAAAAUUCUUGCUACAUUACCACGUUUAUCAACUGAUCAUACAUUAACAUCAAUAAAACAAUUAACAAAUGUAUUUAUAUCAACUGAUCGUAAAACAGGUGGAAUUAUUCAAUCAAUACCAUUAGAAGAACCAAAUCCAUCAUGUAUACAAUGUAGUGAUCUUGAACAACCAGUACGUGUUAGAAUAAAUAUGUCAUUAUUUACAUUAUAUUCAUUAUAUGAACGUUUAAUACGUAAACAUUUAAAAAUGAACAAACCUGAUGUUAUUAUUGUUGAUGGUAGUGGAAGAAUUUUAAUAUCAGCUGAUGAUGAUGAAGAUGAACAAAUGAUGUUAAAAACUCUUGAUCAAUUUAAAUUAAUUAAUGGAACAAUAUUAUUAUGUGAAGAAGAAUAUGAUGAUGAAACAAAUGAAGCAUUAUUACAACAUAUGAAAAUUAAAUUAAUGCUUGAACAUACAGAUACCAUUACAGACAAAGAUGAAUAUAUUAUUGUUGAUGAUCAAGUUAUUGGUGAAAUAAAACAAAUAAAACAAUCAUUAAAACGAAAAUUAUCCGAUGAUGAUGAUGAUGAUGACGAUGAUGAUGAUAAUAUACAACAUUUAGAUGAUUAUCAAAAUGAAGUUAAUAUUGUUAAAAAAACAAAACGAUUAUCAACAGCUCCAAAUGAACAUAAUAAUAACAAUAAUAAUAAUAUUGGUCCAAUGCAUACAAGUUUUGUUAUGCUUGUUGAUGAUGAAGCACAAAUACAAACAAAUGGACAUCAUCAAGAAACAUCGGAAGAUGGUUUUAUUAUUAAUACAAAAAAACAUAAACAAAAUAACGAUGGUAAAUAUUGA